AAAACCUGGUGGCAGUUCAUAUGAGGAGAACCUCGGUAAAACUUAAAAAACCCACCUAUCUGGGAAUGAGUAUCCUGGAUAUCAGCAAAACCCUCAUGUACUACUUUCAUUAUAACUACAUCAAACCGAUGUAUGGGGAUAACGCCAAACUCCUAUUCACAGACACGGACUCCCUGUGCUACGAAAUCACCACCGAGGACUUCCUCAAGGACAUUUCCAAAGAUGUUUACGAAAAAUUCGAUACCAGCAACAUCGACAAGGGUCAUCCCUCCGGAAUUCCGACCGGAAUAAACAAGAAGGUUAUCGGAAUGAUGAAAUCGGAAACAGGAGGAAAACAGAUAGAAGAAUUUGUCGGACUCAGAGCAAAACUGUAUGCCUACAAAAUGGUGGAAGACGGGGAGGAAAAAAAGAAAUGCAAAGGCGUCAAGAAGACAACCAUUAGAAAGGAAAUAACGUUCGACAACUAUAAGGAUUGCCUCUUCAGCGGUGAGAAACAGUGGAGGGGAAUGAAUGUCUUCAGAAGUACACUGCACCAAAUAGAUACCGAAAGGAUCGUCAAGGUAGCCCUAUCGGCAAACGAUGAUAAACGCAUCAUCUGCAAAGACGGGAUACACACCUUAGCAAUAGGACAUAAAGACCUAAGACGGUAGGAAUCCAGGCAAACUGAUUUUAAUAUUCAAGGUACUCGGGUACUCAUCUAUCUACCCCUAGUUAGAGUCCCACCUAUAGACUGUUGAUCCUGAAUUUGAGGUACUUCUGACUAGAUUUAAGAUUACUCACAAGUUAACUGAGAUCUACUCAUGAGAUUACUCAAAUUUACUCAUGAGAUUACUUGCGAGUAGUCGUAAGAUACUUUUGACUAGAUUUAAGAUUACUCACAAGUUAACUGAGAUCUACUCAUGAGUAGUCGUAAGAUACUUUUGACUAGAUCUAAGGUUACUUACUAGUUAGUUAAAUCCUACUAUAAGUAAAGAGAAACCAUGUCGGAAGUAAACACGGAUACAACAGCAGUACCCGUAACAAAUCCGGUAAAGACCCACGUCAAGGAUCCCAUGAGGGUGGAGGCGGGGCGUAGGCUUGCUAAGAUCAGUAAGGAAGCGAAAGCUAGGAAGAAAGCACGGAUUUAAUCUAUCAGGGAAGAGGAGGAGAACGUUCUGACCGGGGAAUCCAGAAAUGAUGGGUCAGUAGUCACCUUAGAAAGAGUCGGCCUGGUAGUAGGUAUCGCCGCAGCCCUCGGGUCCCUUUACUUCAUGUGGCACAGCAGUCAGGAGAAGGACGAGAAGCCUGAGAAAGAUAGGGUUGUAGAGGAGCCGAAACCUGUUGUUAUCACGCCAAAAGGUCCUGACUUGUUUGAUUGAGUAUAAUAAAACAAUGUCGCAGAUAUUCUUAGACGUACUGACCUUCUUCGUAGCAUCUCGAGCCGCACUGAUUUACAUCCGCACGCUUGAGGCGGAAGAAGCCAGACGAAAGGCGACGGAAGCCGAAGGCAAGGAAAGUGAAGACAGGAUGCUCGACACCCUGGAAAGAAGAUUUUCCCUAAUCCUGGAAAAAAAGCUAAAGGAUAAACAGUUCUACUAUAAUAAAAGACAUAAUGAUCGACACGAAGAACGAAGUGAUCAACGAACAGUACGAUGCAGCACUAUUGACAACAGGAGUCGUUGGGGUAUCCUACCUUGCAAAAACGGUUGCCGGAAAAAGCCUCGGUGCACCGAUGACCCUAGAAGGAGCAGCAAAGCUUGCCGUUGCCGUAGCCGGAAGUGCAUUCACCAUAGGAUAUCUUAAGGAUAAGGGAUACAUCCCAAAAAUGAUUGACAAAUAAAGAAUGACAACUAUCGUAGUCGGAGGACUCUUUAAUGCCGUGGCCUUUGCCGGGGCCGGCUUCCUAUUCUCCAGGUUGAAUGGACAGGGCUACAAGGAAGAGGUAAAAAGACACAACCAAGCCUUAGAGAAGCUUGCGAAAGCCAAGGAGAAGUUUUACGAAUCCGAAGUGAGGCGCAGGAACGACGAGGCAAGACGGAGGGCUGAAAUUCCGGAUGCUAACAAGGAUAUCGAGGGAACAAACCGGGCACUGAAAGACCUGAGGGACUAUACGAGGCUUAUGGAUAGUACGGCAUCCCAACGCAGACCGAAAUUGGAGGACUACUAUCAACCAUCGGACGAAAUGAAAAAAUACGCAGUGUUGACAGUGGGUAUACUGGGUGUUGGAGGAGCCUAUGGAUUAGCACGAAUAUUUUAA